AUGUUGAUAACUGUGGUUGAAAUAAAAAAGAAAUGGUUAUCUCAAGGCAAGCAAACUACUUUAAAAGAACUGACAUUUGUUGAAAUGAACAAAUCAAAACAAGGGGCCGCCAUCUUGGAAAAAUAUAUUCCCGGUCAGCGGCUUUCCUCACGAGUUGUAAACUUCACGUGUUCGUCAAUAUAUAUAGGAAAACAGAAAUGUAGUUUACAAAGAAAGAAAAACAUGCUACCAGGAACACCAAAGGUUGUUAAAUGUUCAGUUGGGCAAAGGCUUGAAACUGAUUGUGGUCUUUGCUCGAGAUACCCUUCUAUGAAGGAGUGUAUGCCAAUAUUAGCAUGUAAAAGAGAUAUACAAGUGCAUCUCCGGCGUUUAAACUUAUCUAGACAAGCAGUAGCAUCAGAAGGCGAUCUUAUUCUAUUAAGAUCGGGCAUAUUUGGUAGCAACGGGGAGGGGUUAACAGUAUGUCCACGACACAGAGAGAAUCUUGGUCUUUCCUGGCGCCCAAAACGUGGGUGCGCACACCCUCUUCACGGAUCCUCGGAGGCAAAACCAGAGAGGGGUGUUACAAAGAAAAUGUCAAUGGAAAUUAAUGACAUUUGGGAAAGGUUUGUUUCAGUUGGUUCUGGUAAGUGAUCUUUUCAAUUUGUCGUAAAUUAAUAUAAAUUAUAAUUAUUAAUUUUUGCAGCAUAUAAUUGCACGGGUAAAAUGAAUUCAAAGAAUUGUUGAUAGUUCUCACUAAGUCUAGGAUGGUGCAGCUUGAACGCCAUAACUCAUAAGGAAGUGAGAGCAUCCAACCUGGUUGUAAUUACAUGAUUAUUAGGACAUGCGAAGUACGAAAAAAAAGAUAGAUUAAAGAAAAAUAUAAAUAGUCUUUAUUUCGGUUACGCUCACAGCAGUCCUUGGGAUUGGCUCUAGUGGUAGAGAUUCCAACUACUGCGUGCCGUAUGCUCUGGAGUCUGGUUCGAUACGUGGUAAAAACGUUUUAUUCGCUUUUUUGUAAUUUUUACUAAAGUCUAAAACAACAUAAUUAUCUCCCUGUGAACUUCCAGUAGUUUACCAAUAGCAACAAGUGCUCGACAUCUAACUUACAAACACCAGCACUCUUACUAAGGCGUAAAAAUAAUACCUGUGGUUCCGGUUUCAUGUCGCAAAAAAAUUAGGGUCGGUAGGUCGGAAAUAAUUUUUUUUUAAUAUUUUUUUCAUGGUUUUUUCAAUAAUUAGUGUGACAACAGACGCCAUUUUGGCAGCAACCCGCAACCACCCGGAGAAAAUAGGGUUGCACGGUCAAUCGAGUUGAAAAAAUAAUAGGGUCGGCAGAAAAAAAUAGGGUCGGUCGGGAACCGGAACCACAGAUAUUUUUUUUACGUCUAACUGAUAUUUUGUGGUCUAAAGGAUAUAUUUUCAACAGUUUAGGAAUAUAGGUUUUAUAAUGAUAUUCGUAAUUAAAUAAUUUUGAUUAAUAAUAAACACCAUAAGAUUUUAUGCAUUCACAUAAUAGGUAUAUGCAGACUAUGCAGAGAAAAGCAUAAAGAAGAAGUUAAUAAGAAGGUCGAAGGAUCAACACUGGAUACAGAAGAGGAGGUAACGUGUUUCGAAUAAACAAAUACAGCAGUUUUUUACUUUUACAAAGUAACAUUCAUAUUCAAGACUCGACCUGGGUCCAUAGGCAUAGACGGAUUUUCAGGGGGGGAGAGAGUAAGUGAUGAUGCGCCGCCAAGCAAGCUGCAGUAGGCAUCUGCGACCACAGUCACUAGCAAAUUCAAGCUUAACAAAGCAUUACCAAUAGUUUUACUAUUAAAAGGAAAGGAACUUGUGGUUAUUUUCAUAUUCAGACAUUUAAAGAAGAAAAAUAUGAAGAAUCUUAUUCAGCAAACACAAUGACUAUGGAUGUGGAAAACUGCAAAAAG